CCCGGUAUAGCGGCAGGUUCCGACCAAGCCCGCCAAAAUUUCCAGCGACCUCCGUGCAGCAGCGGCUGAUCUCGUCUCUGGCGUGUUUGAAGCGCGCACCUGAACCGACAUCCCGUCUGACGGCAACAAUUAUCAUCCCCCGACACAGGUGCGGUCGCUCAAUUGACCAUUGCCUUGGUGUGGAGAUGAAUCGGUUCACAGUAGGCCGCCUUUUGGCGCCGGAUCUGGUCCGACCACUCUGCAGAAUCAUUUGCCCGGCAGCAACGACGACGACAAACACGACGGUCCCGCAAUGGACCAGACUCUUCUCCCAGUCGCACGCUGCUAGGAACGUCUCCCCGACACCUCCCCAACAGCCGACACAGCAGCAAACACAGCAGCAAGGCGGAGCCGCGGCGAUGAAUCGGCUCGUGCAGCAAGUGAUGAGGGGUACCCUACGGCCGGGGGAGCCAGGGCCGGAGUCACUCACCGACACGCUGGACGCCUCGGAAGAGGAGAACAACCCGGAGCCGUACCACUUCCACAUCUACAGUCACAAGCACAACACACACGUCACGGUUACCAAGCCGAACCGGGACGCCAUCAUCUCGCUCUCGUGCGGCAACCUGGGAUUCAGAAAGUCCGGGCGUAAGCACUACGAUUCAGCAUACCAGCUCGGCGCCUAUGUGAUAGACAAGAUGCACCAGAAGGGGUUGGUGAAGUCGAUCCACAAGCUGGAGGUGGUCCUGCGCGGAUUCGGCCCUGGGAGAGAAGCGGUUGUCAAAGUGUUGAUGGGGAACGAGGGUAGGCUGCUGCGGCCCAAGAUCGUGCGCGUGUCGGACGCGACGAGACUUAAGUUUGGUGGUACGAGGAGCAAGAAGCCGAGAAGGUUGGGCUAAGUAUAUGUUCAUUGUACUGUUUGAGGGUUUUUGGUGCUGGGGCGAGGCAAUUGAGCGACGCCUGGUGGAUAUGGAUCUGUCGACCGGACGAGCCGGUCCAUGUAUAUCUGUAUACUACUCGUAAAACAAUCUUGUUUUUCCAACCAGCUGUCUCCCCAAGUACCCAUCGUGGAAGUCGGCAUGUAAAUGCAGCAGCACCAAUUUGGCCUAUGUUGGGAGGUGUGAAAGCUGGCCUUUCAAAGUUAGGUGGACGCGAUUUGGUCGGUCGGUGUUUCAUUGCCCGAGUCACCGGCAAGGUCCGGUCUCCUGCCCCACUAAAAAUUUCAGGCCUACAGUGCAUACACUUCGCAGUAGACAGC